UGUUUUUAAUGAGCAACGGAGUUUUACUCUCGGCCGGCCAGAAUUGAGGCUCAUUACCGCCACUUGACCUACAACCGAAAGGGGCAACUGCGACGCUGUGUACGUACGCUCGCUCGCGAUUAUUUUGCACAAGAAAUCUGCCGUUUCCUGAAAAAUUAUGCCCGCUUCGAGCUUCACCUUGUUAUUUUCUACGCUGGUUAUCAAUGGAACUAUUGGGAACAGGAUUAGUUACGACAACCUGAUCGAGGAAACGGUGAGCAUCGUCCGUUCCUGCACCAAAUUCGAUUCGGACGACACUCUUCUCCUAGCCGGGGAAUACGAAGACUUCUUCAAGCAACCAUCGUUCGACGAGGUUCCGGUCGCAUUGAUCUCCGAAUCAAAAUCAGCAUUGUUCGAAUUGUAUACGCUGAGCAAAUACUCGUUCUUCGUAUUCGAACAAUUUACUUUCCUGCACUAUCUAUGGCGAUUGAAUCAAUUCAUUUUGAUCGCAUCCUCGCAGCCGAUGCUGCGACUGCUUCUGCAAAAUGUAAACGACUCCACCUGGGCCAAUUCUAACGGGCUUCACGUCCUGAUCGACGGCCAGACCGAGAAACGAGGUUGCGUGAACGCUUUCAGGUUUCUGUGGACCGCCUGGGAAUACGACAGGAUCAACACGAUUUUCCCGUGCAUCGAUCCUGUCGAAGGACUCGUCCUCUAUACUUACAAUCCUUACUCGAAUGCAGCGCCGGCCGGCUGGCAGGAAGCCGGCCGCUUCAAAGGCCGCGGCGGACAUCCGUGGGUGCUGUUAAAGAGAAAGUAUAACAACUCGGACAGGUGCGAGGAUUUACUGUUCGACAGGACGAAAGACGUGAACGGAUACGUGAUCAGAAUGAACGCGAUCUCCUUUAUCCCAUAUCUACGAAUAAAUCCGAGCAAAACGGGCGCGGACAAGUUUACCGGCGACAACAGCGAGAUCGCGAAGAUAGUCGUCGAGAGGUUGAAUGCUAGUCUACAGGUGCUGGAGCACAACGGCACAAUAUACGAUCUCGGGGGGAUCGACAGCGACGGGAACGUGAUGGGAAUGAUGGCAGAGGUGGCUACCGGCGUGGUCGACAUGGGAAUGAACGUGAGAAGCCUCCACGCUAUGUGGAAAGUCGAACACACGUAUCCUCACGAAUUGGACGGCCUCUGUGUGAUCACUCGACGAGCAGGACAGAUAUCAGAGCUUUACAAGAUAGUUUCAUUCAUAUCACCAGGCGCGCUCGUUGUGAUUAUUAUUCUUAUGCUGAUCGCGCUCAGCGUUCUCACGUUGUACACGGGUUUCCUGUCAUCGUGCAUGAACAUCAUACGUUUAAUUACCAGCGUGUCUAUGAUCGGCUUGCCUGUCACCAACUUCGGCAGGAUACUCAUCAGCAAUUUGUUUUUCUUGGUCUUUAUCCUGAAUGCUCUAUUCCAGAGCCACUGGUCUUCUCUGCUCACGAUUCCGGUCUCUCUACCAAAUAUCAGAACGGCGGAAGAUCUCAAAAAAUCGAACUGUGAGAUUUACGGAUCCGUGUACAACAUACAUGUGCUCCAGGACCCGGAAUUCCGAUCGCGUUUUCACGCGGAAACGUACGAUGGUUGUAAGCAGAGGGUCCUGAAAUCACGAUACGCCGCCUGUUUGGACAACUGCAUUCAUUUGUACACGAGGAUCCAGAACGAACCGCUGCGACGAUCCGGGUGGAUCCAGCAGAACGUACAGGUAUACGUGACCAGGGAGAAUUGGCCGCUGCUUCAUCGCGCGAUGGAGGUGAUCCGUAAAUCGGUCGAAGCUGGCCUAGUCACCAUGUGGAAAAAAUUGAACACUCGGUGGAUGCACGCCGCGUGGCAGAGGAAAAAAAUAGCCAGGGACAAGAGCUUCAGGAUUCUCGAGAUCCGGCACGUCUUGUUCAGCUUCUACUUGCUCGCGGUCGGACAUUUCUUCGCGGCUACGGCUUUCAUCGCGGAGAUCAUUUUCGCGAGACAACAGAGACUGGGACAUCGUGCGACACGGCAAAGAUGACUUAUAAUAUUGUUGUACGCUUUGUCACAUUUCAAGAGAUAAGAUAAAUACAUGAUUUGUACUCGACAAUCCUACCUUUCAAUUGGUCAUUGAGAAACAAAUUCAUUUCUUUGUCAUUGCACUCGUCGUAGAUUGGGUUAAUGGACAAUUGACGAGACGAGACGAUGGCUAGAUAAAUAGGUACGUGCACGUGUACUUGCAGCACGAAGAAGCAACGAACGAGAAGUCAGGAUCGCUGCUCGGGUGUUAUAAAAAUAAAUCUUAAUUGGUCAAUAUUUUAUUUAUUCCUUCACUUUAUUUUAAACAAUUUGUUCAUUCAAAGGAUCUCGUAAAAU